AGUGGGGUGGUGCGCGACUGUAAAGCUUGGUCAACAGUCAACACCCCCUACACGUACUACUAUUUUAAGAUCUGAAACAGCUGUUCAUCCGGCCGGCACCAGGGCUCCCCCGCUCCGGUUCGCCUUCUACAACUCCAACUUUCAUGCCGAGAAGCACUGGGAUUUCCUGCAAAGUUUUAUUGUAAGGCAAUUAAUAAUUGAUGAUAUGAUACUGACAAGUGCAGCUGGGUAGCUGGAGGAUAAGGGCUACAUUUGUGUGGUUCAACUUUCUGAACAUUAAAAACCCCGUACGUAAAGAAGCUCCCGAUUCAUACAGCAAAAGAACAUCAGUUUCAAUAAUCCCCCAACAGGGCUCGACGCUUUGGUUGAUCAUCUCUUCUUCAUCAGGGAUGGCGUAAAGGCUAGCAUUAAUAUCCUCCUCAGUUAGCACAAGGCGAAUUAAGGCCUUCCUGCAGGCUAGAAGAAUUCCUUGCAGCUGCAGCUACAGGAAGAUGGUUAAUUUGCUAUAGGCUUAUAGCACUGAAGUACGUAAUUAAGAGGGCGCUGAGGUGAAUCUGGAUCGGCCUUUCGGUUUCUGCUCUGUGGCAAGUUGAAACUUGAAAGCAUGUGAUUGGCAAUCUAGCCAAGAAAAAACAACGUACCGGCCUAGGCCUGCAUGUCACAACCCACACGGCAAAUUGACUAGAUCUUCAAGCAGUCAGUCAGCUGGCCGGGUUGAAAUUAAAGCAUGUGAUUAUUGGCAAUCUACUAAGAAAAAGCAUCGUGCAUGCUUGUCACGCAAAUUGACUACGUUCAUGCAGUCUAGGUAAUUGAAAGUAAGAAAGAUAAUUUGUGUUCGCAUGUCAUGUCCGAAUUGUGUUGAGGUAUGGGUAUACAACUAUAUAGGUUAACCAUAACUCGAUUCAUUUAAUUAAACGAGUCAAACCUCUCAACCCUAACCCUCUAAGUUUGUAUUGAGUUCGUGUCGGAUUCACAGGUCAUGUCAACAUGCAAUUGCCUUUCAUUAUGUCAUGUGUCGGGUUUUGGUCAUAUCGAAGUAUGGGUAUAAAACUAUAUAAAUCAAUCGUAACCCAACCGAUUUAAUUAAACGGGCCGGGUCGUCAGACUCAUCAACCCUAACCGUAUAAUUUAAAUGUAAUAUGUUUGUAUUGAAUUUACAAAUUGUGUCAAAAAAGUUGCUGGCCUAAUUGAAAGCAUGUGAUUGGCAAUCUACUAAUUAAGAAAAAACGUCGUGCAUGCAUGUCAUGCAAAUUGACUAGAUCUUUCCAGUUCAGACGAUCGACGAACGAAAAGUAAUCUUUCUUGAAUGUGCGUACAAAUUGCCAGUAAAUUGUUGAAUCUUUCAAAGUCAAGGACUCAAGGUCAUGACCGAAUCAGAACCUGCCCAACACUUACGCCAUAGCAUUCAUUACAAAUAAUUUGGUGAUGAUCACCAAAUUUGUAAAAUCCAUCUCCUCCUGUUCUUGCAAUUAAUCAUUAUCAGUGAUAUUCGAUAUUCCUUCUUCAAUGGAUUCUGCAACCGGCCAGCCUCACUUUGUCCUAAUACCACUCAUGGCCCAAGGCCACAUGAUCCCCAUGAUUGACAUGGCCAGGCUCUUUGCGGAGCGUGGCGUUAUUGUGAGCUUGGUGACAACCCCCUACAAUGCGUCACGAUUUCAAAGAGCUAUCAACCAAGCAAGAGGCUCUGGGCUCUCGUUUCGGCUUGUUCAGCUCGAAUUUCCAUGCCAAGAAGUGGGACUUCCUGAAGGAUACGAGAACCUUGACAUCCUGCCCUCCAGAGACCUACUGAGAAAGUUCUACAAAGCUCUCAGCAUGCUCCAACAGCCACUAGAAAAACACCUCGAGAAAGAAACUCCCCCUCCAACUUGCAUAAUAUCUGACAAGUGCCUCUCUUGGACAUCCAUCACUGCUCAAAACUUCAACAUUCCAAGGCUUGUUUUUCACGGGAUGGGCUGCUUCUCACUUUUGAGCUCCCAUAAUAUUAAACUUUACAAUGCUCACAAUUCUGUCAGUUCUGACUCGGAACCCUUUGUGAUCCCUGGAAUUCCCCAUAGAAUUGAGAUAACAAAAGCCCAGCUGCCGGGAGCUUUUGUUGCCCUGCCUGACUUGGAUGAUUUUCGAAACAAGAUGCAAGAGGCUGAAUCAACCGCCAAUGGGGUUGUGGUGAAUAGUUUCCAUGAAUUGGAGCGUGAGUACAUUGAGGAGUACGAGAAGGCUAUUAAGAAGAAGGUGUGGUGCGUUGGGCCAGUUUCUUUACGUAACAAGGAGAAUUCGGACAUGUUUGAGAGAGGUAACAAAGCCUCAAUUGACGAGCAACUUUGCAUAGGAUGGCUUAACUCGAAGAAAUCAGGAUCAGUUAUUUAUGCUUGUCUAGGUAGCCUGUGCCGCCUGGUUCCCGCACAAUUAAUAGAGCUUGGGCUCGGCCUAGAAGCAUCAAAUCAGCCAUUUAUUUGGGUGAUCAAAACAGGAGAAAGGCAUUUGGAGCUGGAGGAGUGGUUGGUGAAGGAAAGAUUUGAGGAAAGGAUCAAAGGGAGGGGGCUGUUGAUCAAGGGAUGGGCUCCACAGAUGCUUAUUCUAUCCCAUCCAGCAGUCGGAGGAUUCAUAACCCACUGUGGAUGGAACUCGACGCUAGAAAGUGUGUGCUCCGGUGUGCCGAUGAUAACAUGGCCUCUCUUCGCCGAGCAGUUCUUCAAUGAAAAACUAGUCGUAGAAGUUUUGAGGAUUGGGAUUAAGGUAGGCGUCGAGAUCCCUGUCAGGUGGGGGGAUGAAGAGAAAGUUGGGGUGUUGGUGAAGAAAGAUGGGGUUGAGAAGGCAAUAACCAUGCUCAUGGAUGGGGGAGAAGAAGGUGAGAAGAGAAGAAAGAAAGCAAGAGAGCUUGGAGAGAUGGGAAAAAGGGCACUGGAGGAAGGUGGAUCUUCUCAAUUAAACAUGUCAUUCUUGAUCGAAGAUAUAACAAAACAAUCCACCCAAGGAAAGGCGUAAUUAAAAAAAAUAAAAAUUAACUAUGUUAUAUAUUUUAUUGAUCAAUUAUUGAGUGGAGAGAUUCAAGGAGAUUAAUUUCUUGAUUUUCUCCAUUAAUUAAAAUAAAUUUCUUGUAUUCUAUGUUA